AUGCGCGGCCUCCUGCUCGCGCUCCUCGCGGCCGCCGUAGGCGCGAGAAUAACCGGAGAAGUGAUCAGUUGCAACGCCUGAACGCUCAACCGCUUGCCCGAGGUGCGUCAGGUGAAGCGAUUUCUGAAGGGCAAGAGCGGCGCCAUGAGCUACGACGACGUCGAGAUCACCUGGAUCCGCGGGCGCGCGCCGACGCUGCACAUCAAGGAAGACGGCGUCGCGAAGGAGAGCAUCAACCUCAGCACGUACACGGAAGAGAAGCUCCACGCGCUCUUCAAGGCCAAGGGCUUCCGACGACGGUCCAGCAGGUUCAGCUUCGACGAGGAGCUCCACAAGCAGCCGGGCGUAAAAUCAGUGGCGCGCUACACCAACACGGGCGGCGGCGCGAUGCGCACGCCCCGGCUCCGCGGCGCGCCGAUGCCCGGGAGAUAG